GAUAAUUAUGAUUUUGAUAAAAUAACAAAUCAAUAUGAUCAAACAUCAAUUAAUUCAUUAUUUAAAUUAUGUCAUUUACAAAUAAAUGAAUGUAUUCAAUUAAUACAUUUAAAUCGUCCAAAAUCCUAUUGGAUAUUUUAUAAUUAUAAGAAAUUCUUAUUAAAAUCUAUUGAAAAUUUAAAUAAAAUUAAACAAAAUUGUUCAAUAAUGACUGAUUAUAUUGAUAAUGAAAAAAUUUCAUCAUCAAAAAAAUUAAUAUCAUCGUAUUUUUUACUUCGUUCAAAUUGUGAACAAUUAUUUGAUAUGAAUGAAAAUAAUUAUUUAAAUAAUGAACAAUUAAAACGAAUUAUUCAAGAUCUUAAAACUGUUAUUUAUUUACUUGAAGGUAUACAAAUAAAACCAAUAGAAUUAAUAAAUCAAACAAAUAUUGAAGAAAUGAUAUCGAAUGAUAAUAAUUCAUCUCAUAUAACAAGUUAUCAUCGUUUUGAUGAUCAAAUAAAAGAAUCUAUUGAUGAAAUUCUUAUAUAUGAUACAGGAAAAUUAAAUAAUACUAAUGAUGAUGAAAUGAAUGAGAAUAUUUUAGAUAUGGAUGAUUGUGAUAAAAAAAUUUUACGUGAACAAACAAAUUGUCUUAUGAAAGAACUUCAAAUAGCUAUACAAGGAAAAAAACAAGAAUGGAAUGACCGUGAACAACGUUUAUUAGGAUAUUUAGAUGAUAAUAAUAAUAAUAAUAAUGAUGAUAAUGAUAAUGAUGAUGAUGAUGAUGAAAUUCAAGAAGAAAACAAACAAUUUAUUGAUAAUCAAUCAUUUGAAAAAGUAUCUUCAACAAUAAAUACAAUAUCAAUGUUAGAUGAACUUAAACAUACAUUUGUAUUAAAUAAAAAUAAACUAAAUAUUCAUGAAGAUGUAUUUGGAGAGGAUGAAGAAGAGAAUUUCGAUGAUGAUGAUGAUGAUGAUGAUGAUGAAUAA